CUUUCUUUCUCUUUCUAUUUAUAAACAUGGAUUCUCCUGAAGAUCAAGAUUCCGGGUGUAAGCUCAUGGAUGGCUUUGGUAUAUUUAUUCAAUUGUGCCUAGCAACCACAGCCUUUUCAACAUUAAUCUUUAAACGACAACGAGAACAACCACAACGACCCAUUCGCAUUUGGGCCCUCGAUGUCAGUAAACAAUUAGCAGGCGGCAUCAUGAUACAUUCGCUCAAUGUUGUAGCUGCCGUAUUCUUUGGUGUGGAUCCAGAAGGAGAGAAAUCAAAUCCUUGUGUUUGGUACUUUCUGAAUAUAUUAGUAGACACAACACUAGGUAUCGGUAUUUUAUGGUUGUUAUUACACGGCUUUAAACACCUCGUCAAGAAACUUGCCUGGUCUGGAUUCCAAAGUGGAGUUUAUGGAGAUCCCCCUUUAACCGAGCAAUUAAAGAAAUGGGCUAAGCAAUUAGCAGUAUACAUUAUUUGUUUAAUGCUCAUGAAGAUUAUUGUGGUUUCUCUGUUUCAUUUAUGUCCUUGGAUAUCUGAUUUUGGUGACUGGGUUCUUCAAUGGACAGUGGGUAACUACCGACUGCAAGUGGUCUUUGUCAUGCUAAUCUUCCCCCUGGUGAUGAAUAUUAUGCAAUUCUGGGUCAUUGACACAUUUAUUAAACACAAGCAUGAGGAUCCAAGUCAGAUUAUUCGAUUAAACCACGACGAAGAAGCACAGGAUGGAGAGACAUUAUUGACAAAUAACGAGCCAACAGAUUCCCCACCAAGGUAUAGCACGGAUGAAGAAAUACACCAUCCAAGUGAAUUUGUUUCCGCCUCUUCUUCUACAGAUACACCCAUCCUGAACGGAAAUGAAUACGAAUUGAAAUCACCUACAAUUCGUGGAAAUGAACUGAAAUCAAAGCAUUAUUAAUGAGAGCAAAAAAAAAAUACCCUUCAUCUUUUGUACAUUUAUUGAAAAUAAAAAUAAAAAUUAUGCAUCACACACACUGUCAAUUAUACAACCUGAUCUUUUGAUAUCACUUGGCAGACACGGUGGAUACACAAUGCUUUGUCCCAGCCCC